AUGUCCUCUUCAAUGAAAAGACUGAAACGUCGGAAAAGAAAAUCCAUUGAGAAAGCCGAUUUUAAAUUCAUUGUUCUUCCAUUCGAAUUGCAAAAAUCGAUUGUCAACAAAUUGGGCGUGAUUGACCGAUUGGAAUUUGGAUAUACGGCAAAGAAUUGUCGAAAAUUGGUGGCUAGCUCUGGUCUGUUGCCGACGACUUUUAUUGGAUUCGAGUUCAACCCGGUGGACAAGGAUAGUGAUAGUGGUCGCCGCCUUGUCGACAAUGAUGAUGGGAAUCAGCGACUCCUUUACAAUUUCCACUCGCGAACUCCUCGUAAACGUGACGACAAAGUGGACUCGGUGGAGAUUUUCGUCAGUCCAAACGGGAACAACGAGAUCAAGUUCGAGGAUUUGUAUAGAAAAAAAGUUUAUCCUUUCAAAAAAUCGAGUGAAUCGAGGAAAUUUCUGGAUAAGAUUUUGGAGAAAACAAGGUUUCGACGACUUUCCUUUACCGGUUUUAUUCGAUGCUCGUUGCUGUCGAAGAUUGAGUGUAAAUUUGAUCGAUCUCUGAUGGGUAAUUUUAAAUUCCAUUUCCCGGCGCAAGAGGUGAAAUUCGAGUUGUUCUCCGAGUCGGUGCAAGGGCUCAUGUGGAAUUUCCUGGAUAUUGAAACGGAGAAGUUGACAAUUUAUAAAAAGGGCUUCUUCAAUCCCCGAGGCGCCAGUUACUGUUUCAAUGUGGAUCUCACGAAAGAGCUGAUCGAAGCAAGACUGUUCAAAUCAGCUACCUCUUUGUACAUAACGGGUGACUUGUUCGAGGCGGAAGCGAUCCCAUUUUUGCUCAAUCGACCCCACGUUGAUUUGAAUAUUUCCGUUCGACCGUUCAUUUCUUCAAUACAGUCUCUUCUUUGCCAAGCUUUGCCUCAAAAUGUCCGUGAGGCGAUUUUCACUUCCACGUACACAGAGAAUCACUUCAUGAUCAAAGGGAUUUUGGACUUAAUGGGUGAAGCGCAAAAACGACUCAAACCACUCUCAAAUGAGGAUCUCCCGAAAUAUCUAAACGCUGACCAAUUGGAGAAAUAUGAGAAGAAGUAUUUGUAUUUCCUUCAAAGACACGACGAGAAAGAGUUCCUGUGGAUGGUGUUGAAUGUGGGGCAUGGAGCGAAAUAUCACCGAGUCGAGACGGGAAAAUCGGAAAAGAACGAGAAAAAGAAUAAAGGGAAACCGUCGGUGGUGAUCAAAGCCCCGGCAGCUGAGUCGAUCGUUGAAGGAAGCAGUGCCGAUGAGGAUGUUCCCCGAAGUGCCCCUCAAUCAUCCUCGAAUUUGAAUUUCGCUCUCUCGGCCAACGAGAAAGCUUCCGAGAAGCGCCGGCGUCGUUUACUCAAUUUUUACUUGGUUUCAUCCCUUCUCCUUUCUUCGAUCUGCAUUUUGGUGUUGUUGAUUUGCAUUGCCGGAAUGGGCUUUUGGGUGCAUCAAACGAAAGCCGAAAUCCAAGAGACCCACGAUCAGUUCAAGGAGGUCAAGGAGAGAUUGGACUCGUUGCUCGCGCAAAAAGACGGGACAAUUCAAAGGAACACAACACAAAGCGAGAGUAACUUCACUCGAAAUCAUCAGCAUAAUAGGAACAACGAAAAUUUAGACUCCUUUCCCGACAUCGGGGCAACCGCAAAAUUAAUCUUCUCAUUGGUUUAUCCCCGUUUUUUUUUUCUU